AUGACCGCUCAAUCAGUCUCUCACCCAGCACGCACCUUUGCGGCCUGCACACACCUCACGAUGGUCCGCGUGUACAGCUAUGUCCUCCGAUGUGACUCUUGCGGCAACUAUGGCCCCUUUGGCUGGUUGUACCGGUGUUCCCAAGAUCAGGAAGAAAUUCUACGCGAUUCCAUCCUCAGCGGAGACGAGGUCACAUUUGAUGAACUAGGAAGACGUCUUAUCACAGCCGUUCAGCCGAGGAACCGCGGUCCUGAAAGACGUUCUGGGAACGCUGCCUGCUUUCUCGAGGAGAUGCCGCCUAAGGACAUCACUACCACCUACACAAGCGAUCAGCUUCUGACCAUAUUCAACCAGCGCAAACACCUUGGAGAGGUUCUCCGACGAGAGUCGUUUCGGAAGAAAUCGACCUCUACACAGGGACACGACGGCGCUCGUCAGUCGACUACCUACGACUUGGACGAUAUACUAAGCCGCAAUAUAUCGACCCCCUGGGUCCCGAGCGCCAAAGACGAGUGCAUGUACAAAAUCUGCCCUUACUGCCGCCCGGGCGGAGCGGACCGGGCAUACAUCAGCCUUGACGGCGUUGUAGAGGGCAACAUUCCCGCUACGGCAGCCACCGGGUACGGCUUCCAUUUCUUUCGCCAGAGGCCCGUUUGCAGCUCCAGCCUGGUCGCGAACUUGGGCUUACGCCCAACCACUGCGUCAAUGGGGACCUCCGCGUCCGCUUCCUACCAUACAUCAUCGGACGCGAGUACAAAUGACAUCGGUAGCGCGCGUCCGAUAAACCAGCUGGCCUCGCAGCUCAACCUUCUCAGUAUGGCCAACGACACGAGGUCAAUGUCGCCCUACCCCCUCCCUCACGCCCAGCUGCCCCGGUCUGUCGGCUCCCCGGACCUAGCCGCCCAAGUUGCAGUUCGUCAGGAUACAAGCGGUGGAGACUCGUCUUGGCAGGAUACUACGGCCUCUACCGUAAGCGUCCUGGCCGGCGCGAGCGGCCAGGAUGGAGAGGAUUCUACAGACAUGGAGGAGCACGAGAAAGAGGAGGGCAAGUUUCUCGCCCAGCCUCUGGAAGUUGCGCACGGAGUGGCCAUGUUGGAAGAGAGCGUGGAGAGGCAUUCUCCGGAUCUUGUCACCCAAGUCUGA